CUUUACUGAGGAAAUCGAGUGAAAAAGAAAAAAGAAAAAUACUAAAUAACAAUGUGCUGAUUGCACACAUGUUUUAUUUUUCUUUCUUAUAAAAAAGAAGGGAAUGUCUAGACAAGGAUUUUAUGAACAUGAUAAUAGAGGUCCAUCGUCAAGCAAGAACGUAAAAUAUUUCAAUAAUAUGGGACGUCAAAAAAAGUUUAGAGACCAACGAGGUGGCUAUGGUAAAACUCGGAUUGAUAUUGAUGGAGAUGUUGACAUGAAUGUACCUCAUGCACCAGGACCUGAUCGUAGAUAUAAUCCAUACUCUCAAAGAAAUAACAGGAGAAAAGGAAAGAAACAUAUGGGAAAAUCUCGAUCAGAUCAUGGCAAUAUGUCUCGUGAUUCAGACAGUUCUGCAUGGUAUAAAAUUACGGUUCCUCAUGGGAGGAAAUCUGGGAAAGAUUUUAUUUUGAGAAGUAUUGCAGCAAACUGUAAAGUACCUUUUUCACCCUUUAGUUUUCAAUUCAAUGGACAUGCUGCAGAAUUUUACGUCAAUGAAUAUUCAGCUGCGUCUCACAUUAAAGAUGUUAGCAGAAAAGUUAGUUAUCCAGAUGGAUUCAAGAUGCUUAUUUUAAUGUCACGAAGUGCACCACCAAACACCUCCAUUGACCCAUUGGGGGCAAUUGACCCCUGCAUCCCUGACGUGCCUUAA